GUAAUCCUCUUGAUCUCUUUCACAAACAAUACAUAACACUGAAAUUAAUGAUUAAAUACUGUUGUGUUAUGUUCUAAACGGCAAACAACUACAAACCCACUGUUAGAAUAACCACAGGUGAAACUUUAUUCUUCCAAAGCAAGGAAACAAGAGGUGACAGUUAAAGACAGUGUGAGUGGGAGCUGACAUGCCAGGUUACUUUCUGGGUGGAACAAUCUAGGGACCCUGUCAGGAAGGGAUCACUGGGAAUGUCACCCCUCUUUAAAGCUCACAGAUAUCCAGAACUAGGCUAUGGUAAAAUAGAAAAAUAAAAAAUCAACAAAACAGGUAUUAUCUACAAAUAUAGAAAUAAACCCUGAAUGAUGCUUCAAAACAAAUGUUCUUGGAAAUCUAUAAGCAUUAAGUAAGAUAAUUUCCCACAAAAAUCUCCCUUUGUUGUUUCAUAGUAGUGUUUGCAUAAAAAACUGAAUAGCUAUUUAAUUGGUUAUCUGAUACCAGUCAAUGAAUUGUAUUUCAUAGACCUAGUUUCUUGGAGAUUCAUUUUGUAAUGUUAUUACAAAGUAGACAUGUUCACAGGCAAUGGUACAAUGGUAAAAAAUAACUGGUCAGAUUUGUUUUUCGAUGCAAAUGUAUCAAGCAGUGAUGGUCUACAGAAAAAUACAAUUCCUAUAUUGUAGUACAGUUUAUAAAAACACAUUGUAAAUAGUUUUGUAUUGUAUUUCACACUAAUUUAAAGAACUUAACCUCUUCAGUGUAUAACAACAGGCAUUAUGAAGUCUUGAAAGGUCUUGACAAAGUUAAUGCAAUGGGCUUCAUCAAAGUCAGUAGUUACUAUGGCCGUCUUGGGAGUUUAAGAAAAACCUAACCUAAUGGGCUAAUCUGUUUUUUUUUUUUUAGGAUUCCCUCACAGUACAAAGAAUGCUGUGUAGGGUAAUUAAUUGGCUUUUCUAAAUUAGGUUAAAGCCCAGUGAGUAGCGGCGGUAUAAUGGACUUAGACUAAACGAUAAUUGAAAAUGGAUGGAAAGGUGGAUGCUAGACAUGGACGGAGGACGUUUACUCUGGUCUAUUCCUGCUCAAGGUUAGAUAGUCAAGACUAGUUGCUGGACGAGUGAACGGAUUGACAGGCGGAAGUUGAUGUGUGUACACAUUUUGACUGACUAUGUGAUAUUUGCCGAACUGUUGAUGCAGUGUAGAAGGGAGAUGUGUGGGGUGCGGAGGCAGUGAUUUCUCCGUUGCCACGGCGUUGGGACUCUUGGGAAAGCAGCCAUGGCCUCUGUGGCCCAGCCGAAGAGCACGUCCCCCGAGCAGGGCCAGUACUCCUCGGACAGGUACGCACGGCUCCUCCUGGCCCAGAUGAACAAGAUGCGGCUGAGGAAGGAUUUCUGUGAUGUGCAGCUGCAGGUGGGGGGCCGAGGCUUCAGCGUGCACAGGCUCGUCCUGGCGGCCAGCAGCCCCUACUUCUCUGCGCUGUUCGCGGGGGGCAUGCGGGAGGCCAACCGAGACUUCGUGCAGAUUCUCGGCGUGGAGGCCGACGCGUUUGAAAUACUGCUGGAGUUCAUAUAUACAGGUAUGAUCAACGUCAAUGUGGACAAUGUCCAGGAGUUAAUCGUUGCCGCAGAUAUGCUCCAGCUCAGUGAGGUGGUCAGUAUUUGCUGUGAGUUUCUCAAGGCGCAGAUGGAUCCGUCCAACUGCGUGGGAAUUUACCAGUUCCUGGAGCAGAUAGCCUGUCUUGAGAUGCUGGAGUUCACAGAGAACUACAUUUACGUUCACUUCCUGGAGGUAUGCGUGGCAGACGAGUUUGCCGGCCUCUCGAAGGACCAGCUGGUGAAGCUGCUGCGCAGUGAGGAGCUGCGGAUCGAAGACGAGUACCAGGUGUUCACCGCCGCCAUGGGCUGGGUGCUGAAGGACGUGCCCAAGAGGAAGAAACACGUGGUGGAGGUCCUAGACCCCGUGCGCUUCCCCCUUCUCUCUCCGCAGCGGCUCUUCAAGUACAUCGAGGGCAUUUCUGACUUUAGCCUGCGGGUGGCACUGCAGACCUUGCUGAGAGAAUACACUGAAGUGAGCAAGUCUCCCAAGGAGAACAAGAUGUUCAGUUUACUGCAGCCAGCAAAGACGCGUCCACGAAGAAAGGCAAGGAAGUAUCUUUAUGCUAUAGGGGGAUACACGCGCCUGCAGGGCGGCCGGUGGAGUGACAGCCGGGCACUGAGCUGUGUAGAGCGCUUCGACUCCUUCAGCCAGUACUGGACCACAGUGUCCUCCCUGCACCAGGCGCGCAGCGGGCUAGGCGUUGCGGUGCUGGAGGGCAUGAUCUACGUGGUUGGAGGGGAAAAGGACUCUAUGAUAUUUGACUGUGCUGAGAGAUAUGACCCAGUGACGAAGCAGUGGGCUGCUGUGGCUUCUCUGAACUUCCCACGCUGUGGAGUGGGUGUCUGUCCCUGCCAUGGAGCUCUUUAUGCAUUAGGGGGAUGGAUCGGCUCAGAGAUUGGGAAAACCAUGGAGCGGUAUGACCCAGCGGAAAACAAAUGGGAAAUUGUAGGCAGCAUGCCAGUUCCUCGAUAUUACUUUGGUUGUUGUGAGAUGCAAGGGUUCAUCUAUGUGAUUGGAGGUAUCAGUGAUGAGGGGAUAGAGCUACGCUCGGCGGAGAUGUACGAUCCUAUUGCCAAGCGCUGGAGUGCUCUGCCUGUCAUGGUCAUGCGCCGGGCAUAUGUGGGCGUAGCCUGCCUCAACAACUGUAUCUACGCAGUCGGGGGGUGGAACGAGGCCUUGGGUUCGUUGGAGACAGUGGAGAAAUACUGCCCUGAGGAGGAGAAGUGGGUGGAAGUUGCCCCCAUGGCCAUGGCGCGGGCAGGAGUUUCGGUGGCGGCGGUCAAUGGGCUUCUCUAUGCCGUGGGGGGGCGGGCGUCCAGCCGCGACUUUUCCGCGCCCGUGACGGUGGACUCCGUUGAGAUCUACGACCCCCACCUGGAUACCUGGACCGAGAUCGGCAACAUGAUCACCAGUCGCUGCGAUGGAGGAGUGGCUGUGCUCUGAGACACCUGCAUCUGUACUGUGCCUCCCACUCCUCACAUGGCCAAACCAGCAACAGCACACUAAAGCUCUUCAGACACCACCUCUGGAGUGGAUCAUAGUGGUUUUAUAUCACACAAGCACUGUGCACAACAGCUUGAUCAUCGGGACUGGCUUGGGACUGGCUUGGGAGUUAUUUAGUUCGUAUCAUUUUUUUAUCUUUUUAACAGAUCUGACCCUGUAUUAGGUAAAAAUACAGAGAUUCUAAAAGUCACGCCGAGAGAAAAAGCAGUCUGGGUCUUUCUCCAGCACCAACAUUGCUAAAGCCUUCAAAGUGCUGUUAUAAUAUGAGGUGAAAGACCCUCUGAUGGGGUCUUUAUUCCAGUGCACAGCUGUUGGUUAUUUUUCAUUCAAUAGCAAAUAAGUGUUAACGAACUUCUAUUUUAAAUGGUCCCUCAAGUGUGUGAAUUUAAAAGUUUAAAUCAUCGGGGAGGAAAAAAAAUAUUUUUUUUCUCAUGGGACCUGAGAUACAACAUUCAGGGUCUGGAAGUAACCUUCCGGUUCCUACAAAAAGUGUUUAGAAGGUGAGCUGGAGGUGCUGUUACAGGUUAUUCUCUGUAAAUGAACAAGCUAAGCACUACGCAGUGGGGAUUUUAUUUGCUUGUACCCCACAUGCCAGCACUUUAGGAAAAUUAACAAAGAAGAAUAACUCGAGGUCUAGAGAAGAAGACACUUUAACUGUGGAGUGCUGCUUGUUUCAUGGGAAAAAAAACUCCAUCAACACAUUUUUCACAUCCUAGUGCCAAGGACACGGAAAUUACAUAUUUCACCUUUUUUCCAUUACGUACAUAGUUGGGCAACUGUGAAAGCUUUUUACUCCAAAGAAGAAUGUACACUUAAUUUCCUGAAAGUAAUUAUAUGAAUAUAAAGAAGCCAAUCAUGCUAUAAACAAUAUUGAUAUACUGUACAAGAAAAAUUAACUUUUUAAUUUCAGCAUAGUUCUCAGAUUUUGAAUGGACUAUAUUUGAAACAACGUGCUUUGAUAGUUUUCACAGCCCAUUUUCAAUAAUUAAUUUGCUUAGAAUUAUUUUUUUCACCUUUCAAAAUUCAGUAACUUCAAUACAGAAAGAAUGAUACCAAGAUAUAGAAGAUAUGUAACUGGCAUAGAGAAAAGUUGCCCUUCAGGACUUCUGAAUGGUCACUGUUUCCAAAUGUAGAAGCAUUCUUAUGUACAACCUUUGCUGACUCAAGAUUGACUCUGCUUUGGAAAAAGUGUAAUUUAUCUUUUGUAAUACUGUUUGCUCUUACUAGAUGUGCAUUUCAAUUUUUUGCAGUGAGUCAAUUUUGACCAGGAGCUGCAUGCUGUUAAAUUCUCCAUGACAGUAUGUGAAAGGUCAAUAUCUAGUUCAGUGUCUGCAGCUGUUACUGUGAACACUAGGGUUCUCAAUUCUGGUGUCCUUCCAAAAGUCUGUGACAGCACUUUUAUUAGUCAUCGUCAUUGGCUAAAUUAUUUAAUUAAAGGCUCCAGAGUCACUGAUAGAUUUUUAAUAAGAAAGCUAAAGUGUUGUACACAUAAUAAUAUUGUCAUUACUCUGUGCAAGAUAAAAUCUUCAGAUACUCCUUUUUAAUUUUGUGUAGGCUACAAAACGCCUGUAAUCGAAAACUGUAAAAUUAAAAUAAUGCCGGACUGCUUUAAAGUA